AUGCCAAAGAAUGAAGAUGAGCGAUUAGCAGAGUUAGCUCGUUAUCGGAUUCUCGAGACGGAACCAGAUGAAAAAUUUGAUAAACUCUGUCGCAUUGCGUGCAAGGAAAUGAAGUGCCCAAUUGCAGCUGUGAGCUUUAUUGAUAAGCAGAAACAAUGGUUUAAAGCAAACAGUGGACUUACACAACGUCAGAUUCCACGUGAUGUCGCACUCUGUGCACAUACGAUUAUGCACGCGAAACGUGCGCUUGUGGUCGAAGAUACGUCAUUGGAUGAACGUUUCCAGCAUAAUCCACUGGUGACACGUGCUUCGGCCGUACGUUUCUAUGCAGGUGUGCCCAUAACAACACCCAAUGGGUUUUGCAUUGGCUCGGUCUUUGUUUUUGAUGUCAAGGGUCAUCAUAAUGUCGAUGCAAAGAUUCUCCACAAGAUUGCAGCCAAAGUACUUAAAUACAUGGAUGAACGACUCAAGAACAUGGCCGUGACUAACGGUGAAAACUUGCCCGAGUCAGUAUCUACAUCUACAACCCCAACGUCGCGGUCGAAUGCGGCACCUCUUAAGCGGAAAACAGUCUCGCCGCCAAUGUCACAUGCAAGUACGGAACAGCCAGCUGGAGAGACAGCAUUGCGGGAACAGCAGUUAGCUCCUCCAACGCCUAUGAAGCCUGAACCUGCUGCUGAGCCUGUGCCCGAGUUGGAGACUACAAACGCUGACAGCGGCGCAAUUGUACAAUCGGCACCAGUGACAAGUACAGCCAUUGAGGCACAAGGACAGGGACAGGGUGGACUGGGGAACAUGGGGUCAAUGCUCAUGAACUUGCUCGCGCGUACGACAGAGACGCAACAGCAACUUGCCGCACAACAGGGAGUCAUGUUUGAGACAUUGGGAGAACACUCGAGCCAAUUGGACUCGCUUGGCCAAUCCAUGAGCAAGCUGGAAAAGCGCUUUGAACAGGUGCGAAUGAUGAAGGAGCAGCAGCAGCGGAAUGCAGGGAAUGGAAACCGUCGACCCAAAUGCGUGUAA